UUCUGCCGUUGUGUCAGUAUGGUGUCGGGUGUGACACGUGAUUGAUUGUUAUUGUGAGCCGCUGGCAUUAAAACACGAGCAAUCAUGUUUUCGUGGAUUAAUAAAGAUGAAGCCAAGAAGAGAAACAUAGACGUGUACGAAAGUGUUCUCGAGGGCUUGAAAAAAGUGUACAAAACAAAGGUGUUACCUUUAGAAAGCAGCUAUCACUUUCAUGAUUUUCACUCCCCUGCGUUGGAUGAUCCUGACUUCGAUGCAAAGCCCAUGAUCUUGCUAGUUGGUCAGUACUCAACUGGUAAAACCACUUUCAUUCGUUAUUUGCUUGAAAGAGACUUUCCCGGUAUAAGAAUAGGGCCGGAACCAACUACUGAUGGCUUUAUUGCUGUCAUGUACAGUGAAACUGAUGGAGUCAUUCCUGGUAACGCUCUCGUUGUCGAUCCUAAGAAACCUUUCCGCCCGCUGUCCAAGUUUGGAAAUGCUUUUUUGAACAGAUUCCAAUGCUCACAAGUUGACUCAUCGGUACUGAAAGGCAUAAGUAUCAUUGACACUCCUGGCAUUUUGUCCGGAGAGAAGCAGAGAGUUGACAGAGGCUACGAGUUCACUGGAGUCUUGGAAUGGUUUGCCGAGAGAGUUGACAGAAUCAUCCUCCUCUUUGAUGCUCACAAACUAGACAUCUCUGAUGAAUUUAGACGAUCAAUAGAAGCUCUUAAAGGUCAUGAUGACAAAAUCCGCAUUGUUCUCAACAAAGCUGACAUGAUUGAUCAUCAGCAACUGAUGAGGGUGUAUGGUGCUUUGAUGUGGUCACUUGGCAAAGUCCUUAACACUCCAGAAGUUGCAAGAGUCUACAUUGGCUCAUUUUGGGAUGAGCCUCUUCGUUAUGACUCCAAUAGACGGCUGUUCGAGGCGGAGGAGCAGGAUCUGUUCUUUGACUUGCAGUCGCUGCCCCGCAACGCUGCGCUCAGGAAGCUCAACGAUCUCAUCAAGAGAGCGCGACUGGCUAAGGUGCACGCCUACAUCAUCUCUGAGCUGAAGAAGGAGAUGCCCAGCGUCUUCGGCAAGGAGAACAAGAAGAAGGAGCUCAUCAAGAGGCUCGGCUCCAUCUAUGAGAAGAUCCAACGGGAACAUCAAAUAUCCCCUGGUGACUUCCCUGACAUCAAGAGGAUGCAGGACCAGCUGGCGGUGCACGACUUCACAAAAUUCAACGCGCUGAAGCCACGUCUGCUGGAGAAUGUCGACCUGAUGCUUGCCAACGACAUCGCGCGCCUCAUGGCCAUGAUCCCUCAGGAGGAGGCCCUGGCCACGCGAGAGAACAACUCUAAUGUCAAAGAUUCUGGUGAUCAAGUUGGCAAACUAUCAGGAGGCGCGUUCGACGGAGUGAUGAACGACAACACAGUGUUCGGCUACCGCCGCGGCGAAGGCAUCGAUGCGGGAUCUGGCGAGCCGGAAUGGAUCGUUGCUAAGGAUCGUCACAAGUACGAUCAGCUCUUCUUCGCCCUCGAUCCCAUCGACGGCAAGAUCACUGGAUCAGCUGCCAAGGCGGAGAUGGUCAAAUCAAAGCUACCUAACUCCGUGCUGGGCAAAGUAUGGAAGCUCUCCGACCUGGACAAGGACGGUAUGCUAGACAUUGACGAGUUCGCUCUCUCGAUGCAUCUCAUCAACGUGAAGUUGGACGGUCACGACCUACCGGCUGAAUUACCAGAGCAUCUCGUGCCGCCAUCAAAGCGCGGUUUCCAAGCCUAACGCGUCACUUGAAGUUAUUCGAAAACUUGUGUCUGCCUCAAUGCCUCUGCGUUCUCAUGUGUCAGCGAGAUGCAAUCCUUUAGUAGCAAAUUUCCUUUGGAAAAGUUUGAUGGGGUGGAAAGUCAGCGUGCAUUGUUUACUGGAAAAAUUUACUCAAGUUUCAUAAUGCCCGGAAGUUGCUGUGUGAUGGUCAGUAUUUGAUUUUUAUUUUUCAAAGUCUAAAAAUCAGCAUCAGCAAAAAUUUUG